AUGAUUGUAGAUAUGUUCAGCGUUCUUGUUGAUGCUCACAGAACCGUGGGUGAAUUUGUAUCAGCAGCACUAGAUGACAAAGAGUUAAUGAGAAACUUGAAAGACAGUAAGUUUGACCUGGUGCUCACUGACCCCUGCUGGGGAAGUGGAGUCAUUUUGGCCAAAUAUUUGAACCUUCCUUUGGUUUAUAAUGUCCGUUGGAUAAUAACUGAAGAGGGUCAUCUUGCUGUUGCUCCUUCACCUUUAUCAUAUAUUCCUAUAACAGGAUCUGGAAACACUGAUAAGAUGACCUUUUUCCAGAGAGUUAAAAACGUCCUUAUGCAUCUAAAUACCCACGUACAUAAUCAGCGGGUAAUUAAGCUAGUAUACCAGAAGUUGUGUGAAAAAUAUCUUGGCGCCGAUAGUGACUUUAACCAAUUAAUGCUUGAUGCAGACCUGUGGCUGAUGAGAGUGGACUUUGUGUUUGAGUUCCCUCGGCCCACCAUGCCUAAUGUUGUCUAUAUUGGAGGCUUCCAGUGUAAACCACCAAAACCUCUUCCUGAACACCUGGAGGAGUUUAAAGUCAUCUGGAGGCAUAAAGGUGACAGACCAGACAAUCUGGGCAACAACACUUUGAUAGUCGACUGGAUGCCACAGAAUGACCUUUUAGGACAUCCCAAGAUCAAACUGUUUGUGGCUCACGGAGGAACAAACGGAGUUCAAGAAGCUAUUUAUCACGGAGUCCCAGUUGUGGGUCUGCCGUUGUUUUUCGACCAAUACGACAACCUGCUGCGUCUGAAAGAGAGAGGAGCUGCUGAGCUUCUUACCGUUCAAACAGUGGACAAAGACAACAAUUUUCUGAAUGCCAUACAGGAAGUCCUGAAUGAGCCCUCCUACAGGAUGAACAUGCAGAGACUCUCCAGGCUGCACAAAGAUCAGCCGAUGAAGCCUCUGGAUACCGCCCUCUUCUGGAUAGAGUUUGUCAUGAGACACAAAGGUGCAGCUCACCUGAAAGCACAGUCUUACAGAAUGCCCUGGUAUUCCUACCACUCCGUUGAUGUGUUUUUGUUCCUGGCUGGAGCUGUGCUGCUCGUGCUUUUAACUUUUUUCAUUUUCAUCAGGUUUUUAUACACCACUAAUGUGUAA